AUUAGCAUGAGUUUCGAACAAUUUGGAAUCCUCACAGGAAUACAAUACCCAGUGUCUUUCGGCGAAUCCAUGCUCCAGCUAGCAAACGGCGAAACUCACCCGGACGUAUCGCUUCAUUCAUUUCAAUACCAUUUUAUGAAACAGUCCAUAGACAGAACGAAGCCCGCCUCCAUACUGGUCACAUCGGAUAACUCGGUCGAAAAAUGCGUAAUCGAAUUUAAGAAUUCAUCUGGACAAACAGCUGGUAUUUUCAAAGGAAACUUAGUAAAACACCAACCAAAGGAAUGUGUACUCAUCUUUGAUGGUACACAGUUUCGAAUCGAGCACACCGUCUCUGGUGCUAUAGGGCUCAAAGAUAGUCUUGGUCACUUUGACCGCCAUGGCACCAGGCAUGCCAAAGUCCCCGACUCAAAUGAGGCCGUUCUUUCUAAUUCUUUGCCGCUGCAAAAAACGUCCCCUACCCACGCGAGCAGUCCAAAUCUAUCUGAUUCGGGCGAGGCGAAACAGGCAGACGCCUCCAAAAAAAUGAAGUUCGUGUUGCCGACUAGCGAACCAAGUCAAUCAGAACCGUCAUCUCCGCUCAGCGGAACUUCCUCAGAUGCGGCUGCCAAUCAGAAACCUAUUAAAAUCACUUUUUCGAAGAGGCCCAGAAAUGGCCAACCUUAUCCCUGCAAGGCCUCCCCCGUCAACGCGGUUUCUCCCAGCAUGCUGUCACCUGUCGAAGAAAGUGAAGUCCCUAGUUCAGCAACCAGAAACCCGUCCGAUACAGCUGAGCACCCUGCUCAGAAUCAGGACUACUUUAACUCUAGCACUCGACCCAACGAGGGAAUAUGCUUGGAAAAUUUAGAUAUAGCCAGACAGAUCGAUAGUUCAGACGAAGACAGCGACGAUAAUAGUUUUGACAGCUCUGAUUCAAGUUCUGAUUGAGGCAGCUUCUCUCUCCUUUGCGCAAACACCACUGACGCGGGAAGCGUCAAGAAAGAAACAACGCCUGAUCUGGCAUUCUUUUGCCAAUACCCUCGAUGGAGUCAGAAAUUGUGCGAAACUUUUACACACAGCUCUUUGACAUCUUCCGGAAAUGAAGACGCCCGCUAAAAUCUCUUUCCGCACAUGCUCCUCUCAUUUCACUUUCCACACAGAUAGACUUGACUCAGAGAUACCUGCGCACAUCACGCUCUACCCGAUGAAGGCAUUUCUAGCUUACAAAACCCUCAGUUGUUCACGAGACGCGAGAGCACGCAAGUCAGUGCGCAAGAUGGCCACUGUUUCUAUAUCCGUCACUCUGGUCGAGCCAUUACUGUGCUCCUUUGUGUAAUCUCUUCAUGCUAAUCAUCUUCAGAAAAGCUGAAGUGCACGACACUCUACGAAGACAAAGCAUCUGUCGCGGCGCACCACCUCUUUUCAAGGUCUGCCCUUCCUAUGGAGGCUUCGACAAAAAACGAAGCCGGCAAUUAAUACGGGCUUCUGUAAAAACGUUUUUUUCUUUUUUUCAUUUUCAUCGAAUAUCUUUUUUUCCGUCACUUUCUGAUCGUGAACAAAACCGGCACAUGUCGCGAUGACUCAGCUCAAGAAAACGAAGAACCGACGAAAACGCAAGGUAUGAAGGCGCGACUGAAAAGGUUUUAUUUUGUUCGGUCUCGGGUGAAGCCCUUUUGUUGUUUUAUCCGCCUUUUCGAAAGCGAACAGGAGAGCGGUCAGAAACGGAAAACGAACAGGGCGCAUUGGAACCACGUGAAUUGUGUUUCAUUUUCAGACUUGGUCGGAACUGGCCCCUUUGGCCCCUUGAACACCUGUUUGUUGUGAUAUCAUUCUUUUUGCUCACAAAAACGUUUAUUUUUCCUGCGUAAAAGUUUUUGAGCGUUGAUGACAAGAUAGCAGCCAUCGACACAGACAUUUUUCACUCGGCCUCUAUAACCGACGAGCAGUUUGAGCUAGAAGAGAAUGAGACCUACACUUCAAGGGACUUGCAAUCGUGGUCUGCGCGCACAAGCACUCCCUCUUUCAUGCAAAUGAAUAAAAAGCUUAAACGCCUUACAUCUUCUC